AGGUCGGAAGGGAGGGACCGCGGCCCGCGCUGGCCCGAGCUGGCCGGGGCGGGCCGGGGCGGGGCCGGGCGGCGGGCGCGGCCGGACGGGAGUUCCCCCGGAGAAGGCGCCUGCGGCCCGAGUCCCGUCCCCCGAGGCUUCCCCAGUCCCGGGGUCUCUGUGCCGGGACGCUGCUAUGGACGACAUUUUCACUCAGUGCCGGGAGGGCAACGCGGUGGCGGUGCGCUUGUGGCUGGACAACACAGAGAACGACCUCAAUCAGGGGGAUGAUCAUGGCUUCUCCCCCUUGCACUGGGCCUGCCGAGAAGGCCGCUCUGCGGUGGUUGAAAUGCUGAUCAUGCGUGGAGCACGGAUUAAUGUGAUGAAUCGUGGGGAUGAUACCCCCCUGCACCUGGCAGCUAGUCAUGGACACCGUGACAUUGUACAGAAGCUGUUGCAAUACAAGGCUGACAUCAAUGCAGUGAAUGAGCACGGCAAUGUGCCACUUCACUAUGCAUGUUUCUGGGGCCAAGACCAGGUGGCAGAGGACCUGGUGGCUAACGGGGCUCUUGUGAGCAUCUGUAACAAGUAUGGAGAGAUGCCUGUGGACAAAGCCAAGGCACCCCUUAGAGAGCUUCUCCGAGAACGGGCAGAGAAAAUGGGCCAGAAUCUCAACCGUAUUCCAUACAAGGACACAUUCUGGAAGGGGACCACUCGCACAAGGCCCCGAAAUGGGACCCUGAACAAACACUCCGGUAUUGACUUCAAACAGCUCAACUUUCUGGCAAAGCUCAAUGAGAAUCAUUCUGGAGAGCUUUGGAAAGGCCGCUGGCAGGGCAAUGAUAUUGUUGUGAAGGUGCUGAAGGUUCGAGACUGGAGUACAAGGAAAAGCAGGGACUUCAAUGAGGAAUGUCCCCGGCUCAGGAUUUUCUCACACCCUAACGUGCUCCCAGUGCUAGGUGCUUGCCAGGCUCCCCCAGCCCCCCACCCAACCCUCAUCACACACUGGAUGCCAUAUGGAUCUCUCUACAAUGUUCUACAUGAAGGCACCAAUUUCGUUGUGGACCAGAGCCAAGCUGUAAAGUUUGCUUUGGACAUGGCAAGAGGCAUGGCUUUUCUUCACACACUAGAGCCUCUCAUACCCCGGCAUGCACUCAAUAGCCGCAGUGUAAUGAUCGAUGAAGAUAUGACUGCCCGAAUCAGCAUGGCUGAUGUUAAGUUUUCUUUCCAGUGCCCUGGGCGCAUGUAUGCGCCUGCCUGGGUGGCCCCUGAAGCCCUGCAGAAGAAGCCUGAAGACACAAACAGACGCUCAGCAGACAUGUGGAGUUUCGCGGUGCUUCUGUGGGAACUGGUGACACGAGAGGUGCCCUUUGCUGACCUCUCUAAUAUGGAGAUUGGGAUGAAGGUGGCACUGGAAGGCCUUCGGCCUACCAUCCCACCAGGUAUUUCCCCCCAUGUGUGUAAGCUCAUGAAGAUUUGCAUGAAUGAAGACCCUGCAAAGCGACCCAAGUUUGACAUGAUUGUGCCUAUCUUGGAGAAGAUGCAGGACAAGUAGGACCUUCAGGUCCUUGCCCAAACUCCAGAAGUGUCAAAACAUGGCUGGGGGAGUACACUUCUCCAAAGUUAAAGACCUCUGGUUGCCUCCCCUGUCUCUAAUCAUGGUACUACCCCAGUUAUGGGACUUGUUCCCUGCUCCCAUCCCUACCACUGUAGCCCCAAAAGGGGCUGGGCUCAGAGCUUUGUCACUUGCCACAUGAUGUCUCCCAACAUGGGAGGGAUCAGCCCCGCCUGUCACAAUAAAGUUUAUUAUGAAAACAG